AUGCAGCUUCGCCUGCAGCUUCUGCUCGCGAGUCUGGUCAUCGCUGAGACCUGCGAGAGGCGGUGCCCAUCGGGGCAACACUGGAUACCGGGACACAGCCAUUGCAGGUACGACCGGGACAGUGAGACCUACUGCUCCUGCGGGGAGGUGGUCUCAGCUGACGGAAGUGCAUGCCUGCAAUGCCUGCAAGGGCCCUUUGACGCGCACCACGCCUCCCAGCGCUGUGGUGCAUCCGGCGCGGCCCCGUGGCCUCUGCCGGGCCCGGUGACGCUGGCAUGCGAUGCCUUCAGCCUCCAGUUUCUAUCCGACGAAUCGGGAGAGGAUCACCUGCUUGUCACGAGUGCCAGCGGGAUCACCAACCUCCUGGGCGGAGGCAACGAGUCGGAGGGAGGCUACUUCGUGAGGUUCUAUUUUCUACCAAGUGGCGCAAGGGACGCCAGAGAAGCCAAUCGCGAAGUCGCGAAGAACGUGACUUUUUCCCAAGGAACAGGAAUGAUUACAAUUACUUCGUCGAACGACGAGUAUGCGGUGACCUUGAAUGCCACACCGCAUGGAGAGUACAUCAAAAUUGAAGUGGAAGCAUCUAGAGGCUUUGUGCCGAACCCUUGGGAGCCUGGGCAAACGGACUUUGAGCUGGAGCUGGUGGUUGAUGUUGGCCUUGACGGCGUCGAGGCAUCGUGGGCUGAUGCAGGGCAGGCCGCUAUACCAGCAUGGCUUGGCCCCACCGGCGCUGUGGGACUGCUGCCACUCGAUUUCCUGGUGGACUGCAAGGCCACCAGAACCGCGCUCCACGCGCGCUGGACCGGCGGAUUGCUUGGUGCAGGCUCUCGUGGAGCUGUGGCUUUGGCUGCCGCUGGGAGUGCGGAGCACUUCUCCCAUGCGCUGGCUGCUGUGCAAGGAGGUGAAGCUGGCUCGCUGCCUGGUCCAAGGCCAUCGGGUGGUGGCCUCUGGUUGGCGCCGACAUCCUUACCACAGGCGAGAUGUACACGAAGAUUAUAA